AUGACGAUGGAAACCAGAAGUGGACAGAUACAAGAUCGAAAGCGAGCACAUUUGAGCCAAAAUGCGCCCACCGAUGUUGCUGCCACAGUUCCUAAACGCCAACGCAUUAUCGAAACAGACCCAGCCGUAAUCUCACACAUGCUGGCCGAAAAUCAGCCAACGGGGCUCAACCAACACGGAAUCAUGGUCCACCUACGGCCAAGCACCGCAGACCAUGCACAGGUGUUUGAGCAGAUUUCUUCUCUUGUGGACGGACCCCUGAAACAAGCUCUGCUGGGAGCCCUCCAGCCUCAGGCUCUCCUGAGCAUCUCAGAACAGCUUGUUUUGGCCAACCACACCGCCGGCAAUCUUGUAUCUGCAGUGCUAGACCACCAGCUGCGGAUCCAGCCACCCAGAGCUGCCAAGGGGGGUGACAAUAGCGGUAACGAUACGGUGCUGAGGCGCCUCCAAAUCAUGCUGCGCAGCGACUAUCUCGAACGUAUCGACGGCGUGGACUCAGACUUCCUCAAGGACAUGUUCGCCGAGAUGAUCCUGCAGUGGAUGGACGUGCGGUGGCGGACCAUGGACGACCACGGCAUCAAGACACAGGCGCAGAGGCCACGGGAGGAGCAACAAGGCACAGAGCCGGCUCGGACGCCAUGGCACACCCGGCAGUUUGUCAACGCGCUGAUCCAUGGGGGAAACCUCGGCCACGACGCCGCCUUUCUCGCGCUGGAUGUGACCAGCACCAGGUACGGUCAUGGCCGUCAUGGCGACGGAAGCAGCAGCAGCAGCAGCAGAGCUGCGUUGGAAAGAAAAUGGCUUCUCGACAGCUUCAAGCUCAUGUACGGCCUCGACGCGGAUCAGGGGCUCUGGCUGGCUCAAAAGGCGUGGCUGCAGAAGAAGACGGAGAACGAGGAAGGCGUCGGCGGCGGCGAGUUCGUCAAGACGGUCAGGCUGAUCAAUCGCUAUGUGGCAUGGCACGGCAACCCUCUCUACAUGGGCACUAGGGGAAGGAAGCGACGGAAUGCAGUCAGCAGCGUGGCUGCGGAGAGGGCGUGGGCCGAGUUCAUCGAGGUGGUCAACCCAAUUUGCCUGGCAAGACAGGCGAGGCCGAGCGGGAAUAUGGCGAGAGACUUACGUGCAAAGUCGAGGGCCUUAGUGUCGGAGUGUCAGCAGCUGGAAGGGUGGACAAGGGGGGAGGAGCUGCCGAGGUGGGAGGUCGCUCAGGUGGAACACCUUCGGGAGAUUAUGGAUGUUGGAGACUUUGAGUAA